UCGCCCUCCCUUUGUUCCCAAAACCCUCGCCUAUGUCCCUUCGCCCACUACCGGUUUCGUCCAAAACCAUCGCCUGCAUGACCACCUCGCGAUACAGUCGCAAUUAGGGUUAGCUGGGAAGCCAACGAGGGGAUCGCCUUCACUGAAUAGGACGGUAACCGGCGUGAAAAAACGACAGCUUUGAAGGAAAUUUGGAGCAGCUAUGGUGCCCGAGACAGAGUCCAUGGAUUUCAAAGUUGGGGAGCUCUUGAAAGACCUCCAGCUCGAUCCGUCGGCCUCCAAUGCCAUAGAUCGCGCCUUGUCUUCCAUUAUAGACUACAUAAACAACAUUCCCGUUCAGGAAGCGCGCGCAGAAUACGCCGCCGGGUUCCUCCGCGAUCUACGUGUGCCCUCCGAUAAGGUUAACUUCAUUUUCAAGAGCCCGGAAGCCAUCCGGAUCGCUGGCAGCUACUCUAUUGGAUGCGUUGCAAAGCCUGAUGUAAACGUCGACUUAUUAAUCCGUAUGCCCAAGGAGUGCUUCCAUGAGAAGGACUACUUGAACUACAGAUAUCAUGCUAAGAGGUGCAUUUAUCUGUGCGUGGUUGAGAAAAGUUUGAAGUCGUCUCCUCUGGUUCGGAAGAUUGAAUGGCGAACUUUCCGGAACGAGGCAAGGAAGCCUGUUAUUCAUUUGUAUCCAGUUAUAAAACAUGCGGAGCUCUCUGAGUUUUUCAUAAGGAUAAUACCUACUGCCUCUUCUGUGUUCGAUGGCUCAAGGUUGUCCAUUUCACGAAAUAAUGUUCGUGCAUUUAAUCAAAGUGACACUUCUAGAGCUACACCAUAUUACAACAGCAGCAUACUAGAGGACAUGUUUAUGGAAGAAAAUGCAGACUUUGUGAAGAACACUUUUAAUGGAUGGAACAGUUUGGGCGAUGCUUUGUUGUUGCUUAAAGUCUGGGCUCGGAAUAGAACUUCAAUUUACACACAUGAUUGCUUAAAUGGGUACUUGAUAUCCAUCAUCUUGUCCUACCUAGCAGGUGGGCCUGGAGGAAAUCAUAUCAACAAGUCAAUGAAGGCCAUGCUGAUAUUUCGUGUCACCUUGAAGUUUAUAUCUUCAAAUCUGUUGGCAAAGGGCCUCUCUCUUCGGCCUUUAACUCAGUCCAAGCCAUCCAAUGAGGAGAUGAUGAAUUGGCUUAAAGCAUUUCCUACUGUUCUGUACGAUGCAACUGGCCAUGCUAACUUGCUGUUCUGCCUGACUAAAACAGCGUUUGCUGAGCUUCAAGAUGAGGCUGCUUGGACAGUUAAUUGCAUUGACAAAUGUAGAGGUGGUGAAUUUGAAGAGAUUUUCAUGACCAAGGUUGACUUUGCGGCUAAAUUUGAUGCUUGUUUAAGAAUAAACUUUAAAGGAAACUCUAUAGUCAAUUCAUUUGAUUUUUGCUUGGAUGAUGAACGUUGGGGACUAGUUGAAAAGCAUGUGCAGUCCGUUCUGCAACAGGGAUUGAGUGAUAGAGCUAAAUUAAUCCGUGUGAUUUGGGGAAGUGCUCCUUCUAAUUGGAGUAUAAAAGAGGGUUUUGAAAAUUUUGGUAAAGAACCAAUGCUUGUUGGCUUUUUGUUGAACUCUGAAGAAAAGUGUUUUCGUGUUGUUGAUAUUGGUCCGCAUGCUGAGAACAAAGAGGAGGCUGCUAACUUUAGGAAAUUUUGGGGUGAAAAGGCAGAAUUGAGAAGAUUUAAGGAUGGAACAAUUGCUGAAAGCACAGUAUGGGAGUGUGCACCUUGGCAGAGACACCUCAUCAUGAAAAGAAUUACUGAAUAUGUUAUUUCUAAACAUUUUAUUUUGCCAAAAGAAGAUAUUCUAUAUGUGGUGGAUCAGCUUGAUUUCAGUCUUCAUCUGGGUGGUAAAGAUCCUAUAUCAUCCUCUACCAGUUUAUUGGAAGCAUUUGAGACUUUGUCAAAGCGCUUGCGUCUUUUAGAAGAUGUUCCUUUGAGAAUCUCAAGUGUACAGCCACUGGACGCAGCUUUCAGGCAAUCGGCUGUGUUUCCUCCUGAACCUCAUCCACUUAUUUAUGAGAAGGGUAUUGCCAAGACAUUACCAAAAUUUACUACUACUUGUAUCAAACCACUCACCGUUAUGAUUCAGUUAGAGGGAUCUGGGAACUGGCCAUCGGAUGCUGCGGUCAUUGAGAAGACUAAAGUCGCUUUCCUGCUAAAAAUUUGCGAAAGUCUUCAAGCUCGAUGGGGCAUGCUUUGCAGCGCAACAGAGUCUGAGGUGAAUGUCCUGGUGGAAGGAUAUGCUUUUUCUCUUAAAAUUCUUCAUGAAAGAAGCUUGCACUUGCUGGGAAACCAAGCUGGAAACGAUAUUAUAAAAAGUAAGAGAUAUAUAGAUGAGGAGUUGUUCUUACGUAGCCAGCACUCCAGUAUGAUUAAUGGCUUGAAUGGUCGGUAUCCAGCAUAUGGAUCUGUUGUCAGGCUAGCAAAGCGCUGGGUUUCUUCACACCUGUUUUCUUCUUUUGUUGAAGAGGAGGCGAUUGAGUUGAUAGUUGCCUAUCUCUUUCUGAGACCAUUUCCUUUCCAUGCUCCUUUGAGUCGUAUUACCGGAUUUCUGAGAUUCUUGCGCUUAACAUCAAAUUAUGAUUGGACCUUCUCUCCAUUGAUUAUUGACCUAAAUGAAGAUUUUAUUCCACAAGAUGAAUGGGAGAUUAAUGAGAACUUCUUGUCAUGCAGAAAAUCUUCUGAAGAGAAUAUGCAAAAUUUGGAAAGAGCAAUGUUCUUAGCUACCACAUAUGACAAGACAUCUAAAGCUUGGACUAAAUGUUUGCCAAAUGUUGAAACCCUUAGAAGAAUGGCCGCAUAUGCUCGAAGCAGUGCCGACCUCUUGACAAAAUUAAUUCUCCAAGGUCAAAAUGGUCCUUGCACUUGGGAGUGUUUAUUCCGUACACCGAUGAAUAACUAUGAUGCAGUCAUCGUUCUCCAUCGAGACAAACUUUCGUAUCCUCAACGCCUUCUUUUCCCCGCCUCCACCGUCCAUGGGAAACAUGUAAUUCAGGGAAGAGCAAGCAAGGAUUUCAAUCCUUUCAUUGAGGUUGGUGGUGCAGUACAAAGCUUUGAGGAUGUAAGAAGCAAGCUGCUGGUGAAUUUUGACCCAACUGUGUUCUUCCUGCAAGAUCUCAAGGAAGAAUUUCCUGAAACUUUUAAGAUAUGGUAUGACUCUCUCGGUGGGGAUGCAAUCGGCCUGACAUGGGAUUUGAAGAGACGCAAGCGGGAGAAUGAUGAGCAUGAGAUCAUAAAAAAACUUAAAGGUGUUGGAGAGGUUGGAAAAGGUUUUGUGAAGAGUGUAUAUUUUCUCAAAGCGCCUAAAUUGCAGGUUUAAUACUUGUAUUAGUUUUGCUUAGUAGGGUAUUUUAUUAUUAUUAUUAUUCGGCAGGAAAAUGAUGGCCUAUUCUUAUUUUUUGGGGUUUAGUAAAUUAUUGGUCCUUAUUGUUUUA